GAAGGAGCUAGUCCACUCCUUGAGUACUCUUGGGCAGCUGGGCGAUGAGCAUGGAACCAUCUUGGGUCGUAACUUGCGACUCGGGUUGGUCCAUGGAAGAAGCACCAGCUGCGUGGAGUAGUGAUGAUAGGACUAGUUUCCAAACAUCCUUGCCUAGCCAUAGCGAUAGCGUGCAGCUACAGGUGGUUGAGUAUGCAGCCCCAUCCCCAACCCCAACCACACACGAUAACGACUCUAGUUAUUCUGGCCAGGUGUUCAAGGAAGCAGUGGAAGAGUUCAAUGCUAACUAUUUGGAAAUUAUGGAACAGAAGAUGCACAGGUUCCCUCCAAGCCUGGUGGAUGUCGAAGACCGGUACAAGGUGCCGGUGGCUGUGGCCAUCGGUCCUAUCUACCAUGCUCGUCUCCUGGAGGCGGAGAGCGUGAAGCAUGUGGCGGCCGACCAAUGCAUCGCGCAGUCGAGCCGCUCACUCCAGGAGAUGUACACGAAGGUCUCCUCCGUGUCAGACUUGGCCCGCAUACUGUACCACCCCGAUGAUGUGGCGACAUUCCGCCACCGCGACGAUUUUGUGCCCAUGAUGUUCUUUGAUGCUUGCUUCUUGGUGCAGUUCAUGUGUUGGCAUUAUAUCCCCGACGAAGACAUGCACCAGGCCCUGGUCAGCUAUUUCCAUGCCAACCAUGAGCGCAUCCGCACCGAUAUCAUGAUGCUUGAGAACCAGAUCCCUUGGGUGGUGGUUAAAACCAUCUUGGAGUUCAUGCCGCCAGCGCCCUUGCCCUGGUGCUGUCCCUGGGAGAGGUUCAUCAUUGUGAUGAGAAGGGGCCUGAAAAACCAAAUUGGUCCUGAUGACCCCAUCGACGUACUACAUCCUGUCUAUGAACCGCCGCAUGUCCUCGGCCUCGUCCGGUUCUACAUCGUGGGAAUGAACGAAGACCACGACGACGAUGAUGACAAUGAAGACCCCCACUCCCCCAAUGACGACGACGACAACGAAGACCCCCGCCCCGCCAACAACGACGACAAGAAGAAGUACAUGAAAUUAUCUAUCAGCGUUGCUGAGCUUGCCGACAUCGGUAUCACGCUGGAACGUGAGGAAAAGGGGACAAGGCUAGUGGGCAUGCGCCUCAAAAAGACAACGUGGUGCUUCUUCGCUGUCGCCGAUCUCUUCGUGCGGCCCCUGUACCUGACUGAGGCAAAUGCGGCCUGGCUCGUCAACAUGGCGGCCUUCGGCAAGACCCCAGAUUUCUACCAUGAAAGUGUUCCUGAUGAAGAUUCUGCUGUCUGCUCCUACCUCCACCUCUUCGCCAUGCUGCUGGACCGGAAGCAGCACGUGCAUGAGCUGCAAAAAAAACAUGUCAUCGAAGGAGGAGGACUCACCAGCAAGGAGGCGCUCAAAUUCUUCACUUCCAUUGGCAAGAACAUGCGCAUCGGAAUAUUCUACCUCGUCAUAAUAACAGAUAUCGAGAAGUUCAAGCAGAGGAGGUCACCUUUGGUCAGGUUUAUCCUCUUCCUUAACAAGAACAGGACUAAACUCAUGGGCCUGAUCUCGAUCAUUGCUGCAGUUGUCGGCAUAUUGUCGUCACUCCAAGCUCUCAAGCCACGCUAAUUAAGACGUGCCGGACCUGAUUCUAGUACCAUUAC